AUGAUGCUGACUUUAACUCUGCGGAUAAUUCUUCUUUUCCCACUUAUAUGUACCCAGAGGAUUCAUAAAGAUGGCCAGGGAAUUUUCGUUUAUGAUAAAAUAGAGCUCCGGAUAUAUGAGAACGCCACCGUUGGGAGUGUUGUGCUUCCUGAUCUUCGUGAGUAUUUACAAAUCUCUCCUGAUCGUCAGGUUCGGCUAGGGCCAGGUGCAUUUAGCUUCUUCUUUUCUCUCACCGAAAACCACUCAUUGCUUGUGCAGAGCAGUCUGGACUUGGAGUCUGGGAAAUUGUGCCGAGCCGAGGAGUCCUGUUGUCGCUCUGAGGAUGUGGCCAAGGAAGACAACUACCUACCCUACAGCCACUUUGCCCCAUCUUGCAAACUAAGAGCUGUCGUACUGGCAAACAACGGAGAAUCGACACCUCUUAAACCAAUUGGGUGGAUAGUGGCAGCUAUCCAGGACCUGAAUGAUCACGCGCCCGAGUUCGUACUCCCAAAAAGUGAAGCUAAUUCUGUAGUUCAGCGCAUUCAUAUAUCAUUUAUUGAAGGUUUUAAAGGUGUUGGUGAAAAGUUUCAGUUGCCAACGGCCAAGGAUAAAGAUUUCCUUCCAGAAAACUCAAUGGUAACUUACUCAAUAGCCAUGAAGAAAUCCGACUUGGUUGAUUUUUUGGACUCCGCACGAAACGAGAUACCAGCGUCCAGUGGUUCCCCAGCAUGGGUGGGGGUGGGUCCCUUUCGACUUAUGUACAAGCCCAAAGAGGACUGCCUGACCCUUGAGGUGGCCAAAGAGCUCGAUCGAGAAUCCCAAUCUGAGUACGAACUGGCCCUCGAAGCAGAAGACGGUGAAGGACAGAAAGCCAUCUUAAUUAUCCAAGUUCAUGUCCUUGAUGUUAAUGAGUACGAACCAAGGUUUGUUGAUGUAAGGCCAAUUGGUUCAACCAAGAUCUCCAAGACAUUGGAUUACAAUAGACGUGUAGUCAAAAUUUACGAAAAUGCUACAGUUCACUUGCCCUUUAUUCAGGUCAUUGCUGAAGACAAGGAUGCUCCACCAGCCAAUCAAAUUGCAUAUAAAUUCUCACCCAGCUUUCAACUGAGUGAGGCUGCUUCGGUGUUUUCGAUUGACUCGAAUACUGGGAAAAUUAGUCUGGAAAGGCCUCUUGACUUUGAGGAAACCAAACGUUACGUGGUAACUGUUCAGGCAACAGAUGCAAACUGCCCUAUAUCUAAUUCCGGAGAUAAGAAGGUACUACCUCAGUCAUUGCAAAAGGUCACCGAAGCUAUCACCAGCAGUAUUACAAAGGAACCCAAGACUGCAACAAUGACACUUGAGAUAGUAGUUAAUGAUUGCAAUGACCAUGCACCGGAAAUAAAACUGCAAGGCGCUGUCAGUAAUGCUGCAGAUUCUGUGAGGGCGGGUGUGGAUGAAUUGACUGUAAUGGAGAAUGCACCACCAGGAACCUCUCUGGUCUUCUUCAGUGCUACUGAUCGCGAUCAGGGAGAUGCUGGUGUCCCUCAAUGUCAUUUGCUCAAUUGGACCGAAAAGUUUCGGAUCUACAAUUUCCCCGACUUUUUUAGUUUGGAAACAACAAAGGAACUAGAUCGUGAAAUUCAACCCCAAUAUCUCUUAACAAUUGAGUGCUACGAUAAUGGCAAUCCCCGUCAAUACAGUCAGAAACAACUUAGAGUCUCGCUUUUGGACGUAAAUGAUGAGGCACCAUCUUUUCAACAUCCAUUCUAUUCUUUUCAUUUAUUGGAAAACAGUCCUCCUAGGACAAAGCUUAUUCCCGUCAGUGAUGGCCACACUAAUCCAGUUGUUGCAUUUGACAAAGAUAUAAAUUCAACACUCACCUACCACCUAGAACCAAUUACAACCGUUGAUUCGGAUCAAAGAAACAUGUUCGAUUAUCAGUUAUUUGAUGUAGACGCUGAUUCAGGAACACUCAUUACAAAGGGCAAAUUGGAUAGAGAACAAAAGGCCAAUCACAAGUUUAAUCUCUGUGCUGAUGACGGGAUAUAUAAGGCGUGCACAAGCAUAGUCGUCCAUCUUGACGAUGUGAAUGAUAAUCCCCCCUUAUUCGAGAGAGAAACAUACAUAAUCCGGAUUGUUGAAAACACACAGUUCUACGAACCGCUUAUUACUUUUCAUGUAACGGACGUAGAUACUGGGAAUCAAGGCUUCUCUAUGGCAAUUGAGGCACCACAACUUACAAGCAACGCAUCAGAUAUAGAGAAUAUUACAGAUACUUUAUACCACUUCUCUAUUCGUGAUAAUAAGCUGUUUUUACGACAACCUGUCGAUAGAGAAGCAAAAUCUCACUACCACUUCUUUGUUCGAGUUACAGAUUUGCAAAAUUCGGGCUCAGACCGUGAUCAAGAAGGUCUUUCGAGCACAGCAGAGGUUUUUAUUGAAGUUUGUGACACUAAUGACAAUGCUCCAAUUUUUGUAUUCCCGAAUGCCAGUGCUGCCAAUGAAGGUGGGAAUCAGCUGAAUGUCUCCUGUCGUGAAACUAUGGGCAGUUCCGUCGGUCGCAUUGUAGCUAUUGAUUUAGAUCUUGAACAAAAUGGCACUGUUGUAUACUCUGUUAUCCAAGGUCCAGUCUCAAAUGAACUCUUUUAUCUUGAUAAACAGUCCGGUGAGCUCUUUGUCAAUUCAGGAAGGCUCAGUGAGAACUGCGACUCAGUUUUCCUUCUGGUCAUUUCUGCUGAUGAUAUGGGACCGCCAAGUAGUAAAAUGGGUCGCCCCAUUCCAGUUGAGCGGUUACUUGUAAGACUUCAAGACCAGCCCACCCUUGCUGAAUACAUGUCUCUGAACUCCCAACAACCAACCAAUACGAGAGGGCGCAAUGAUUCCAGGGGUGACAAAAAGUACUUUGGCUUACCCGCUAAAACAGUGCUGAGUGUCGUGCUCGGAGGAUGUAUUGUCUUCCUUACUGGACUCUUUUUAGCAUGGCUGAUUCUGACUCUUAUCAGUAGGUCUAAACGCAGACGACGAGAAAGAAGAGAGGAAACCCCAUGUCAGGCGGUGGCCUCACAGUGCUGUGAGGCAAGCACAUUCCUAUCAGGCGGUAAACACGAAAUAUUUGUCCACCCGGCAGGCAUUUUUCCCCAUGGAUUGGGUCUCAAUGGAAACAGACAAUUUUUACAGUGCACUCUGGGCGAGAAAGAUGAAGGCGUGGGACUCAGAGAAUUGGACGCAGAUGGGUCGGUGUCUUCUGGAGCCAGUCCUUACGGUCAAGGCCUCAAUGUUAACACAAAUCAGUCUUUGAAUACUGGUGGAUUUAUUUCCCACACCUCAACUACCACUAUGGGUAGUCAUAUAAGUCGGUCAUCGCCCAUGAAUUACAAGACAGCAGUGACACGAAGUGCGGUUGAGGCAGGGUGGAAUAAGGUGACGAUAGUCAAUACCCCGGGAACAAAUGCGACAGCGAAAUUAUCUGAGGAGAAAAGCAACUUCGUAGUAGUGCCUGGUGAUGCUGUUCACGUCCCGGCUUCAGCUUGUAGUGGUGGCUCCACACGUUAUCUCCUGUUUCCGGCACUUUCGACGCCCUCAACAGCGAUGAUCAGCGUGGCAAGCACGUCACACACCGACACCGCGGCUCACUCUCUCCUAAGACCCAAUCUAAACAUGAGUGCCGAUUCAUCAUUCGAUCCUCGACGUAGGUCCCAAUGCGUCUGUGAGGAGGAUAAAGAAAAGCCCUACCAAAAUAGUGCAGUUAACAUUUCUUUUCAUCCAUUUCUUACCCCUCCACUCAAACGCAAGUCUUUGAAGCCAAGAGAAACCGAUGAAGUUUUGGAAAAUGUACACUUCAUGUUUGCCGAUAAUCAGUACACACCUCUUGCCGAAGCAUCUACAUCUUCCCAGGUGCCAUGUGAAAAUCAGUAUCUAAUUAUCACGAGCAGAGGAACUGAAAUAGCUCCAGUGUAUAAUACAAUUGGUAGGACAGUGCCUCGUGGUUCCUCCCUCCCAAGUAGCCUACCUGGAUGUUCGUGGUCGCUAGAGAGGGUGAGUAGUGGGAAGCAGGCGGUGCUCAACCACAUCGAUGAAAUCAGCGGUGUGUUAUUGGCUCCCAGUGUGUCUUCGCCCUCUCACUCACCAAAUUCAGCGCUGAACAACAGCGUGCGGUUCGCCUUGCAUCCCAAAUCCAUACACCGAUUCGAGGAUGUCAAUCCUCCCGUUGCUCCAGCAACAGCCCACCUCCGAGCAGACUAUAUAUCGCUUGAAGACCUUUUUAGUUCCUGUGUGUAA